ACCCGCACACAGCAGCGCGUCUCGCCGGCUGCGCGACCCGCGGCAUGGCAGCCAAGUGCCCCCGGUGCGCCAAGGCCGUCUACUUUGGUUUUUCACUUCACCUCCCAUCGCCAGGCCUGGCUUCAUGGAGAAUUGCCUGUUGCUGAGGUGCUCUGGAUGUGGCUCCCGCUAGACCCUCAGGGGUCACUGCAGACCGAGAAAGUGACCUCUUUAGGCAAGGACUGGCACAAGUUCUGUUUGAAGUGCGAGCGCUGCAACAAGACCCUGACCCCCGGGGGCCAUGCUGAGCAUGACGGGAAGCCCUUCUGCCACAAGCCAUGCUAUGCAACAUUGUUCGGACCAAAAGGUGUGAAUAUUGGUGGAGCUGGCUCCUAUAUCUAUGAGAAGCCUCAGAUGGAAGAGCAGCCGGCUCUGGGGCCCAUUGAGCAUGUUUCGAAGGUAGAAGAGAAGAAAGUCAGUGGCCCACCGAAGGGGCCCAGCAGAGCCUCCAGUGUCACCACCUUCACCGGGGAGCCCAACAUGUGCCCGCGCUGUGGCAAAAAAGUCUACUUUGCUGAGAAGGUGACUUCACUGGGGAAGGACUGGCACCGCCCCUGCCUGCGCUGCGAGCGCUGCGGCAAGACUCUGACCCCUGGCGGCCAUGCGGAGCACGAUGAGCAGCCAUACUGCCACAAGCCCUGCUACGGGAUCCUCUUUGGACCAAAGGGAGUGAACACUGGAGCUGUUGGAAGUUACAUCUACGAUAAAGACCCCGAAGCAAAGGACCAGCCCUAAGGAGCUCGCUGCCUCCCUCCUGCCCGCCCGCCCGACACAGGCCACUCUCACUGUUCCCUCUUUCCUCAGCUCCCCUCUGUAGAAGUAGCUUAGCUCCAGGACGGCCAAGCCGUGCGCUGGAGCAGCCCUGAGCCUGGCUGGCCACAGAGCUGUGCUCCCUGCUGUUUGUAUUUUGGGCGGGGCGGUCCCGCCCUCUGGAUUUUAUAAUAUAAUAUAAGCUUUGAUGUUAAAAACAGAAGUAGAAAGUGUCUCUGGUUGCUCCCAAUGUGCCUGACUCUCCUGAGCUCUCCCAUGGGGUUCCUUAUCCCUCAGGCCCUCAGCCCCCUGCCAGCCAUGGGAUGGAGGCUUCCUGGAUAUGACUGGUAUGCACUUGGCAUCACAGUUCAUGGUAGCCCUCUCCAAGCGAGCCCGUCGGCAAGCCCUGGAUGAUGUGCAGCCAGUGCAGGCUCCUGCUGCGCUGCAGGCUGGGACAAGCUCAGUUCCAGAUCAUCCAUAUCUAACAGCAGCUCCUUUCACCGCUGCGGUUCCAGUCGCAAGCAGGAGGACAGAGCUGGCCCCCCAACCCCCCGGUAACAUGGGGUGGGGGCAGGGAGGAGUCACGUGGGGGGAUGUCACGUGGGGAGAUCAUGUGCCCCCUUUAGCUGGUGCCCCCCUUUGUGUCCCUCCCAUGAGUCGCCCAGCCUUGAGGAAAUGGUCCCAUGGCCUGCCAGCCCUCCAGCUGGGUCUGCCCAGUGGCUGCUGGCAUUCUAGAGAGGCCAAUCAGGAACAGAUGGCCCACUGGCUGUGUAGGACGGCAGUCUUGCACCUCAGAAACGGUUGUGUUAAGUGUGGGAGUCAUUGCUUAAGCAGGCGUUCUCUUCAAGCCCAGGGAGAACGCUUUGGGCUCCAUUGUGCCCUCAGUCUGCGAGCUCUGUGCACACACCAUGUAGUUGCUCUCCUGCUCGUGUCCUUGUCUGGAGCAAUGGGCAGAGCCCGGGCGCAGCUUUCUAGCUACUGGUGGGUUACGAGGCCAUAUGGCCUAUAUUCCUUUCAGUCCUGCUGUAGGUGACCACGCUGGCCUGCUGCUGAUGAGCAUGGGCGUCCCAUUUCUGGCAUCCGUGCGCUCUGCUGUGUUGCUUAGGGCUAGUGCCUCCUUGGCCCUGAAUCCCACCCGCCCGCCUUGUUCUCUGCAGCAGGUGGCAGAAUUGGGAGCUUAGACUCUGGGAACAGCUGGAGUGUACAUGUGUGAUGCCAGCCCCUGGUAUGUAGACUGCAUGCCCAUUCCCAACAGCUGGAAGCAACUUAGUGCACUCUUGGGGCUGCCUAAACAGCUGCUUCUCCGCACUGUGCUGCAAGGAGAGGUCAAUCCGUGUGAUCCCAAAUGUGUUCGCUGGGGUGCUGAGUUUGGCCUGGGAGCUGAGGGUGCUGCUGUGGGUGCACAUGUACCCCAGCCUGCACCCCCAUUAACACUGAACUUCACAGUGCGCUGCAUCCAGGACCAUGGGAGGGUCCCUGUGACAUGGGCCCUGAAGAUAAAUGCUAGGGUCUGAAUCCAUGGCCCUACCCUGUGUGGGAGGAGGGAGCACAGGUCCCUUGUUUGUGCCAUACAGCACACUAUGGCCCUGGUGAGGGAAUGGGCUCGGAGGGGCUGGUGGGAGAGUCAGGGGUGUUGGGACAAUGGCUGGAAGUCGGCUGAGUGGUGUGAAGUGUGCAAGGCUCCCGCCUUCGCCCGCUCGGAGGAGACUGUUUGUUGUGUGUGUGUUUUUUAGUCUAUUUAUAAGCGGAUAGAAAUGUGCUUUCUGCUUCGGUGAAUGGUGUGCACUCCCCAGGUCACCCCCCAGAUCACCACACUGGCCAUUCACACUGACCCCCUAAGAGGGAAUUGGGAGCAAACCUACGGAGCUUGCGCUCUGCCUCCAGCCUGGCCUGUCGCCCUAGGCUAACGUAACCUGCAGGGCCAGCUGCCAUGCUCCCACUAGGUACAGGCCAACCAGAACGCACCUGAAACAAGCCAGCAGAACUGAUUUCCUGUUAUUAUUGCUGACAAUAAAAGUUUUGAACAACAA